AUGAAUACAUCUUCUAUACAUUCUUAUCAAUUAAAAUCUCCUAGUGAUGAACUAAAUUCAAAUUCCUAUUCAAUAUCAACACUUCGUUCACUUUUAUCAUUUACAUCAUUUUAUUCAUCACCAGUAACAUAUUUUUUUGCUCAUGUUAAUUCAUCCUAUUGGAUUGAUAGACUUGAUACAACAAAAACAAAUACUGAUCCUCAUACAUGGCGUUUACAACAACCUCAAAUACAUAAACAACAACAACAACAACAAUUAAAUAAUCAACAAAUAAUACCAUCAAUAGAUAUAUUUGAUUUACAAACAGCAACACCAUCUAUAUUACAUACAAUUCAAUUUCGUUAUACAUUACAAUCGACAAUAUUUAUAUAA